AUGCGAGAACUCCGAAUCGAAAAGCUCGUUCUCAACAUCUGCGUUGGAGAAUCAGGUGAUCGUCUGACUCGUGCUGCAAAAGUGCUCGAGAAUCUCACGGGCCAACCGCCGGUCUACUCAAAAGCACGAUAUACCGUCCGUUCGUUUGGUAUCCGACGUAAUGAAAAGAUUGCAGUCCACGUUACGGUCCGCGGACCCAAGGCAGAAGAGAUUUUAGAGCGUGGAUUAAAAGUAAAAGAGUACGAAUUGAAACGAAGCAAUUUCUCGGAUACCGGUAAUUUUGGAUAUGGUAUUCAGGAACAUAUUGAUUUGGGAAUCAAAUAUGAUCCGAGUAUCGGUAUUUAUGGCAUGGAUUUCUAUGUGGUGAUGGGCCGUCCGGGAGCACGAGUCUCGAGACGACGAAGAGCAAGGAAGAAGAUUGGAUUCAAUCAUCGAGUUACUAAAGAUGAGACUAUUAAAUGGUUUAAGCAGAGGGUAAGUAGGAGUGUGUUGUUGGAAUUGGGAAUUGGGAAUUGGGAUAAUGGAUGA